UUUGCCGCUGCUAACUCACCAUAUGAAUGACACCGUCGAAACUUUUGCACUUGGCGCUAUAUUCAGCCACUGUUUUAAGGAAAUCAACGCCACGCUUUGCGGCCAUUACACUGCAGCUUCUCCGCCUGAACAAACACAACAACCGUGCUCUCCGAAAUGACGAAAGCUACUGAGUCUAGCAGUGAUGGUCUAAGAUUCGUACAGCUUACCAGAGCUGAGGUGAAACAGGAUGCCGUUCAUGAUUUUGUGGCGCAUACCGCAGAUGGCAUUCACAUUGCCAUGAUUGGCUCUAAAACGAAAAUCAUCACACUAGAGUUGACUACAAAGGUCAACUGUCAUGGUCCGUCUCCAUACACCUGCGCCGUCUACGAUUUACGCAUGGAAAGACCGUUGGACAAACUGGCAAAGAAAGUAAAUCUCGCCAAAAUCUAUGAUAGCUGCGAUGUGCUGGAGACACAGAGUUUGACUUUGGAGCCGGUCUACAUUGCUAACUGCUCAACAGAGGUGCCGCCGGCUAAAUUAGUCGCAGCCAAUUGGGCACCCAUGCCUCUUAAAAAUGGUCAAAUGUUGCUUGCUGCAUGGCUCGCUUAUGUUUCUGUCGCAGCCGUCGGGGCACACACGGUGGCGACGACUGGAGGGCUUAGAUGUGGCCGAUACACUAAAUGAAACGACAUGAAAGACAUUAAAGCAGUACAAAGCCUACAUGGAUCGUUCCUGGAUAACGUCAUUUGCCUGGUCCAUACAUGAGAAAAGCGACACGCAACAACUGCUGCUCGGCACCGCCUCGGGCGGACUGUUUACGUUACAUUUGAGCUCAGAUGCCCAGGUUGUGCUCCAACAUCAGCAGUUCCAAAGCACAUUGGGCCGCAUUUGUUACAUACGCGCAUUCAAAAAACUAGUAGUGGUGGGCGACAAUAACGGCCUGGUUCAUUUAUACAAUCUAAGUAACAAUGAGGGGGGCCUGUUCCUUUUAAAAGCUCUGUGGCUGCGCCCGGAUCGCGUAGGCACACAAUAUGUUGAAUUGACAUAUUGCUUUAAAUAUGAUUGUUAUUUUAUAGCUAUAUGCAAAGGUGCACAUCUGCUGGUCUGGUGUAUGCCAAACUCGAAAAAUGAUCCCUGGCUAGAGGCGCAACUCUAUGUGGGUGGCACUAAGAUUACAGGUCUCAGCGCUCUAAGCAGCAACGUAUUUGCUUUGACAACAGCGCGCCAGGAACUAAAACGUGUAGAACUAACUCUUAGCAUGAGUAAUAAGCAGACUCAGUUGAGUCUCAGCAUGGAACCCAUUGAGAUUGAAGACUGUGAAAAUUAUCAGCUGCUAGGCGUCUUCUGCAGCCGGCACAAGAAUCUCCUGUCUGUUCUCCAAUUUCGGAACGAGGAGUCCGAAGUGACCACAGCACUGGCUCGUCAUGCCACGACCAUAAGAUUAGGAAAACUUCACAAAAGCAGUGCGUUGGAUCAACUUAGCGUUGUACUCGAGCCAAACAAAGGAGCAGAUUGGCUCAUUCCAAAAGGAACUGAAGAAGUUACACAAGAAACUCGAAAACUUGAAGAUACAUGCAAUGCCAUGGACAAUGAACAAGAGCCAGUAGCUGCCGCUCUCGCCGUCCUGAAGCCCAAACGCAGCCAUUGCAUCGAUGACAAAGGCACCACACGCCUCAACAACGAAGUAUGGACGCCUGAUGUGUGCACCAAAUGCAACUGCUAUCAUGGACAGGUGAAUUGCCUGCGUGAAAAGUGCAGUGAGAUCAGCUGCCCGCCAGGCGUUGAACCGCUAACACCCCCUGAGGCCUGUUGUCCACACUGCCCCCAGACACCCCUCAUCACCCUCUCUGGCACCCUUUAAAUAGCUUACACUCAAGUCCACUGACACACCGGGAUGGCAGGGCUUGGACAUUAAAGCGUAAGUUGUAACCAUGUCCACUAGUGUGGUUGUAUAGCCGCCAUGUAGACCGCCGCCCAUGUUCAGGUGUUCCGGCGCUACUUUGAACUCGGCCGUACAGACGCCAUCGCCGCCGCCCGUGAUCUUCACCUUCAAUUGUAAUUUUGUUAUCGCAUUUGUUUUAUGUAUUAAAUUAAGUCAAACCUUUUCCAAAUGGUGCUCAAA